CUCCACCGCUUCGCUUUGCUUGUUUGCCCGUGUCCAUGGAUUCCCUAUUAGCCAACUACGCCUCCGACGGCGACGAUGACGAGGGAGUCGAUGAUGAUAAGGCCUCCGACGGCGACGCCCCCGCUGCGAAGUCUCUCCAACUCGCUCUUCCCAAGCCUUCCUCCUCCCUCUUCUCUUCCUCUCUCCCUCCUCCCAAGUCUUCCGCGGCUCUCCUUUCCUCUUCUCUCUUCUCUUCCCUACCGGCGCCCAAAUCCAUCUCUUCCACGCCAUCUUCGGCUCCCCAAAACCCUUCCCGUCCCAAAUCUGUCCAUCUCGGCGUAGUAGAUGGCGAGGAGGAGGAGGAGGAAGGUGGAAUCCUUACCGCGGGUACGCCUUCUUCUACUCCCUUCCGAGCUCAAAGCUCGAUGUUCUCCGCUCUUCCUCCGCCCAAGCCCUCCUCUUAUUCCCGGCGCAAAGCCAGCCAUGUCGACGCAGAAAACGGCGAGGAAGAAGAGAAAGGAGGGAUUUUUACCGCCGAUAUGCCCUCAUCUACUCCUGUUAUGGCGCAGAAAUCGAUGUUUUCUGCUCUUCCUCCGCCCAAGGACUCGUCCUCAACUUCCUUGUUUUCCUCCAUUCCUCCUCCCAAGUCCGAGCAGCCAAAUCCCCAGAAGAUCACGAAUCCCCCUUCUUCUGAUCGAAACCCUAAGAGGGUCGUCCAGUUUAAACUCCCUCUGAACCCUUCCAUGCUGAAAAGUAGAGAUUUCGAUGACGACGAUGACGAUGAGGAGGACAAGGAGAGGAGAAGCGUCAAGGAUUCCUUUUCCGUUGCCACAAAGGCCUCAUCUUCCGUCUCUUCCAUGCUUCCUGCCCCCAAGAAUACUUUUGGCUUGGCGCGAUCAGCUGCCUCGGCUUCAUCGAGGAGAUCGAUUGUUGAAGCAGAUGUUCCUGCAGGCGAGCAAGGAGGCACUUCUUCGGUGCAGGAAAGUUUUGGUUUUGGGGAUUCCGGGAGUUAUCCCGGUGGUUUGGUUGGUGCACCACCGGAAACUGGGACUGAUGGGGCAGGAGAUUUGGGCUUUCCAGGUAGCACCAAUGAUGUUGGUUGGGAUCCGUCAGGGGUGGAGGGAACAAUUUAUUCAGGCUUUGACGAUAGCAGUGCUGCUGCUUAUUGGGAUCCAAGUUAUGGAGGUGCUGUGAAUUACGAGAGUUACGAGGGAAAUUGGUCUGAAGGGACUGCUGCAGUGGUUUCCGAAGCUCCAGACAUGACGAAGAUUGCUGGGAAGAGAGGCAGGAAUGAUAUUCCUACAGAAAUUGUGGAGGUAAAGCAAGAUGAGUUGAUGAAGAAUAGACCCAGGCAGGACCAGAGUAAGCUGACUGGGAUAGCUUUCGGACCGUCUUAUCAGCCGGCUUCUUCAGCCAAGGGAAAACCUUCAAAGCUGCAUAAGAGAAAGCAUCAAAUUGGGUCAUUGUACUUUGACAUGAAGCAGAAGGAGAUGGAACUUGCAGAACGCCGUGCUAAGGGCCUUCUUACAAAAGCAGAAACACAUGCCAAGUAUGGUUGGUGAUCAAUAUUAUAAUUAGGGUGCUUCAUUGCUUGUCACUGUGGUGUUACAAGAAGAAAAUUACUUUCUUUUUUUUUACUUUGUUGCUGUCAGUCCCUCUUUUAAUGCAAGUCUUCUUGAACAAUCAUUGGAAUCUCAUGAGCUCCAUCCUCAAUAUGAUCAUGCUUCUUCUCA